AUGCUCCUUCCAGCAACUCUAAUUUUUUUUAUAACAAUUAAUUCAUGUUUCGCGAGUUCAAAAAAUCUCAUAAAAUUGAACGAAGAAUCAUGGCAAGAUUUAUUAAAAGGCGAAUGGAUGGUUGAAUUCCAUGCACCAUGGUGUCCUGCUUGCAAGGAUUUGCAAAAAGCUUGGAAUUCUUUUGCCGAGUGGAGUAAAGAUUUGAAUAUUAAAGUUGCUGAGGUUGAUGUCACCAUCAAUCCUGGUCUCUCUGGUCGUUUUCUUGUAACUGCUUUACCAACAAUUUAUCAUGUAAAAGACGGUGUUUUUCGGCAAUAUACUGGGGCACGUGAUAAAAAUGAUUUCAUUAGCCAUAUUGAAGAGAAAAAGUGGUCAUUGCAGGAUCCAAUUCCUAAUUAUAAACAUCCUAACUCACCACAAAUGACUGUUGUGGCUUGGUUCUUUAAAUUGUCAAUGUAUGUACGCGAUAAACAUAAUUAUCUUGUUGAAGAUGUUGGCAUACCAGCUUGGGCAUCAUAUUCGCUCUUUGCUGGAAUAACACUGGCGCUUGGCUGUGUUUUGGGCUUCUUUAUUGUCUGUAUAAUUGAUCGAGUUUUUCCUACUGCGGUACAACCUGACAAAAAAGUGAAAAAAGAUUUUAAAGGAAAAGAAAAAAAGAAAAAAUAA